CGAAGCCUUUCAAACGUUCCACAAUAUCCAGGAAGAGCGGUGUAAGCGGAAAAACAGUGCUAUCGUUUAGAGGAUUUUGUCUACUCCAAAAGGAUAAUGCAGAGUGCAAUAAACCCAAGAAGCUCAUGGUGUGGUGGAGGUCAGAGCGGUAGGCUAGGCAUUGAGUUUGGCCAUGCUCAAGUUGAAGGAGUGACAUCCCAUCCCAUAGAAGAUUAUCAUGUGGCAAAAGUUAAGCAGUUUGGACAUGGGGAUAGAAUUGGAUUGUUUGCUAUUUUUGAUGGUCAUGGAGGCUCUGAAGUGGCGAAAUAUCUUAAAGAAAAUCUAUUUGAUGUAGUACUGGAACAUCCCAAAUUCAGCACAGAUACACAACUAGCAAUCAGGGAAUCAUUCAUGGCUAUUGACCAAAGGAUACUAGACAUGGGCGAAACAAGCAGAGCAUGGAGGGCAGGUUCUACUGCUACCACGGCAUUCCUCAUGGACAAGGGGAGGCUUAUUGUUGCAAAUGUAGGAGAUUCAAGGGCUAUUCUUUCACGUGGGAAGGUUGCAAUAGACUUGUCAGUGGAUCACGAACCACAAAAGCCUCAAGAACGUGAGAUGAUUGAAUCCAAAGGAGGAGAAGUGAGUAGAAUCAUCAGUGGUGAUGUUUACAGAGUUGACAUGACACUUGCAAUGUCAAGAGCAUUUGGAGAUUACACCCUCAAGGCACAUAUAACAGUUGAACCAGACAUUUGGGAUGACGAACUCACAGCUGAUGAUGAAUUUUUCAUCAUUGCUAGCGAUGGCUUAUGGCAUGUCAUGAGUAGCCAGGAAGCAGUGGAUCUAGCCAGAGAAGCUCCUGGAGCAAAAGAAGCUGCCAAAGCACUCAUACAAGCUGCAGUGAGGAGACACAGUCGUGAUGAUAUUUCUGUCCUUGUAGUUGGUCUUGGGGUUAAUGAAUAACACUGUGUUAGGUAUUACGUUCCUUUUACAAUGCACAUAAUAUAUUGCCCAUUGCAUAAGAAAGGCUAAGAGCUAAGAGAGGUCGUGUUUUUACUUUCUGUUAGUCCUAAACUCUGUGCCAAGGUUUGUUGGGUAAAGUAUACUUCAAGUUUUCACCAUUUUCCUCAAAGCAAAUAGAUAUGAGUAGUGGUAGCAACCAUCUAGGAUUUCAUAUUUUGUAUUUAAACUAUAUUGCAAAUGUAAAUACAAACCAAAUAAUCAUGUUAAUGUUUUAGGAUCCUUAUCAGUGACAAUAGAUCCAAUCUUAUUU